ACGAAUAAUUAAAAUCUCGACCAAUAAACAAAUUUUAUUCAUUUUCAGUUAUAAAAACAGCAGGUUCGGUUAGGGUUGAUUUUUAUCAACAACUGCAAUGUUGUUAAAUUAUUCGUAACAUUUUAUAAAUGUAUUGCAGAUACCAUCAAAAGCAGCCACAAAAAUGGGAUUCCCUUUCUUUGUUUCUUUACCGGAUGACGUCAGACCCCCAGAGCAUCAAAACCAAGACGAAUCGCCGCUGUACAUAAAGUACGUGGAAGUAACCGAUACGAAACCGUGCUAUGCUUCGUAUAAGAAAGUCGAAAAUUCCUUGUUACUUCGUUACUUGGUCAACAGCCGUGGUACCAAAGUUCUGGAGCAACUGCUGAUGGUCAAAUUUAAGUCGAAAGACAAUGACUUCAUUGUAGAAACUUUAAAGAAGGGGAUCGAGUGCAACGGAUCACAGUAUCACUACCUCGGACAAUCAAACUCCCAGCUAAGAGACAAAACGUGCUUUAUGAUGAACGCUUCGCUGAGCGAAAUGCACAGUUUGCUAGCAAAGUUUGAAAACUUCGACGAGAUUCGUCCAGUCGCUAGACGAUCCCAAAAGGUUGCGCUACUCUUUUCGCCUUUCCAACGCAGUUUGAAACUGAAAUCCGGCGAAUAUGACGUCAUCGAUGACGUAACAAGCACAUUGGGAACUUAUGUCUUCACAGAUGGGUGUGGUCUAAUGUCACCUGAGCUCGCGAAGGAAGUGCAGAGUUUGUACAAUUUAUCGUACGAGCCCAGUGUCAUUGAAGUGCGAUUCAAAGGUUUCAGUGGCAUCUUAGUGUGUUGUAACGAAAUGCCAAGGCUUCGACUCAAGGCGCUGUUUAGAAACUCGAUGUCGAACUUUGCAUCUUCUAGCGAAGCCUUGAUUGACAUGGACACGCUUGGUAUCGUAGACUACUCGCGGACCUACUCGCUGGGUUAUUUGGACACACAGACAGUUAUGCUGUUGGCCGAAGGAGGUGCCUCGCGCGAGUAUCUAGAGACACUUCAGAACAACUACUACGAAGUACUAGAUCGGUUGGAAGACAAGACGUACGCUGGUUACUUCUUGCGAACAACAGGGAAUGAAGACUUCCUACAGGAGUUCCAGCGCGACGGAAUGACUGACGAAGUUACAGGAAAAUUGCAACGAUUGAAGACUAAGGAGAUACAAAACAUGAAAAGGGGAAAAAUAAUUGACGAAAACCAAGGAAAUGACGAAGAGGGAGAUAGUGAAGUCGACACGAAAUUUCAACGUAAUCUCAAAACGAUGGACGCGAACGCAGAUCGCAAUUCUACCACAAAAGAUGUUUACUUAAGCCAAAACAUGACUCGCGCUUUCGAUAUCAGAGUUUUAACACCAGAUGCACGAGUGGUCUAUGGAGCCAGCGAUCCGUACGACCAGCUGAACUAUGGAGAAUGUUUCUUCCAGCCAACGCUUCAUAAAGCGGAGUGCAAUGCAUUCUCUUUCGCCGAGUUCGUGCUGGUGAUGCGAAGACCAUCGUACCACGCGGGAGAUGUUCGUGUUUUAAGACUAACUCACAAGAAUGAAGCUUACAAAGAUCUGCACGAUUGUAUCGUGUUUCCUAACCGGGGAACGCGUCCACACGCCAACGAAUGUGCCGGGGGUCGGGUAGGUGGAGACAAGUAUUUCGUGUGCUGGGAUAAAAGUCUUCUGCCACGUUAUAUUAGCAGUCCAUAUAUCGGUUACAUAUCGAGUUCUUCAUCAAAGAUCGCCAGCAAAGUGAAAGAAGUUUCUAAGAGUCUUACGUGCAUGGAGAAAAAGCCUGCAACUCACUUGGAAAAGAGGAAAAAGCAGCAACAAUCACACCAAGCGCUGAUGGAGUAUUUUGGUCAUUUCAAGGAUUACGACAACUUACGCUCGCGCGGAACAGAGCUCUUCAUCAAGUAUGCCUCCCUUUUCGGUUCGACUUGUACCGAAUGUGAGCAGCUCAAGGAAAUGUUUCUGAGAGAGUUCGACUGGAGUGAGCGAUACGAUCAAGUUGACAAGAAACUGGGAGAGCUCGAGCAAGCUUGCGAAAAAGAAAUUAAUGGACCCACCAAAUUUUCUCACCAAGGGCAGCUCCAUUCUCCAUUACGCCCUCCCGGCUUGUGGAAUCGUGUUUUAAUCUCGCUGCAGUGGAAGAAGCCGCCAUUUUGUCCAGGUGAUGACGUCUGGAACAAGAUGAAAGCUACAAGCGUUACCUUUGUCGAAUCACAGAUGAAUUCAACAGUCGAUGUAAAAGCAUGAAUUUUAACUUCACGUGGU